CUCUCACGAACGCUGAGAAUUGUCUCCUCCUUUGCAAACCCCUCUCAAAUUGUGUCUGCUUGCUGCGCAUUAUCACACAACCUUCCUUUGGAAAACUGUCACUCGUUCGUCUGCACGCGCAGGCCUCGAUCGCAAGUCGCUCAAUAUAGAGCGCCCCCACACACUGAAUAAGCCCACGGAGUUCGGCCACCUGUUUCAGACACCAACCUGAAGAAACAAGCUACUUACCUCGAGUAUCCAGCGAGCCCUAGAGCGCAUCUCGGCGCAUCAGUACAGUCACUCGACCACCUCACCUUUCAAAUCGAUCGCACGUUUGCCCUAGCCCGAGUCGAGAAUCGCGACGGGUCCUCCUGCGACCCCUCUACACGCACGCGCCCAUGUUUAACAUGCUGGAAGACAAAUACAUUGGCCUGGCCCUUGCUAUAACAUCGACGCUGGCCAUCGGCACCAGUUUUGUCAUCACGAAGAAGGGUCUCAACGAUGCUGCAGACAAGCAUGGAUUUGAAGGAGAGGGAUACGCCUACCUCAAAACUCCGCUCUGGUGGGCUGGAAUAGCUUCACUCGUGGUUGGCGAAGUGGCCAACUUUGCAGCUUAUGCUUUUGCGCCUGCGAUUCUGGUAACGCCUUUGGGCGCUCUCAGCGUGCUUAUUGGAGCCGUGCUUGGGGCAUAUUUUUUGCAUGAAGAGCUCGGCGUUUUGGGCAAACUGGGCUGCGCUAUAUGUCUGCUGGGGUCGGUUAUCAUCGUCCUACACGCUCCUCCGGAUAAAGAAAUUGAGACGGUGGACCAGAUUCUGGAUUUCGCUAUUAAGCCUGGUUUCAUUCUCUAUUGUCUUGCUGCCAUCGUUUUCUCGACGGUCAUGAUAUACAAGGUCGCGCCUGUGUACGGAAAGAAGAAUCCCUUGAUCUAUAUCUCCAUCUGCUCGACAGUCGGGUCGAUUUCGGUCAUGUCAGUCAAGGCAUUUGGCAUUGCCCUGAAGCUGACUUUUGCGGGCAAUAACCAAUUUUCCCACCCAUCGACUUACGUCUUCAUGAUUGUGACGAUAGUGUGCAUUCUGACCCAGAUGAACUACUUUAACAAGGCCCUCAGUCAAUUCUCGACUUCGAUCGUCAACCCUCUGUAUUACGUUACCUUUACGACAGCGACGUUAUGUGCGUCUUUCAUCCUAUUCCGGGGUUUCAACACCACAGACGCUGUGAACACCAUCUCCCUCCUCUGUGGCUUUCUGGUCAUCUUCUCCGGCGUAUAUCUUCUCAACCUGUCUCGAGGCGACCCUGAUGGAAAUCGUAUGUUGAACGGUAAGAUUCCCGACGAGGAUGGAAUCCCCACCGAUGGUCUUGCUGGUCUUCAUACGAGGAGGAGCAUGCAAGCGCGACGAAGUUUCGAUCCCCAUAGGCGGAGUAGCAGCCUCACCUUUAGCCCUGGAGGCCUACGGAAUGUCGGCGCAGAAAGUGCUGGAUUGAUGCACAGCUAUGAUGUUGAGCAUAAUGCCUUUGGGCUGUCGGAUCUUGUGGAGGAUCCCGAAGAGAUGGGAGGAGGUAGUGGCAGUCGGAGUCCACAGCCCAAUGGUGACAGCGUGACCAAGGUUUAUCACAAGCCACACCAAAAGACUUUGAGUCAAUGACACAAACUGGCUGCCAAUGGGCUCUUAUAAAAAGGCUGUAUUUGUAACGAUAUCCAUGCAUUAGGGACGGUUUGAGCGAUGAACUACGGCAUUUUCACGGACGGAAUUGGGACCCAGCCAACAAUGAGAUUGCGCUGGCGUUUUCGAGACAACAGGAGCAAUGUGGGCUUUGACUGAUUAUUGAGGCCAAGGAAACCUCAUUUGAUCGAGUAGACAUCAUUACGUAGGGUCGGGUUUUGUAUAUAUGGCAAUUGAAAACGAUGUGGUGAAACUUCGUCUGACGAGGCUGGCAAGGACGAGGUUGCAGAGGCAAGGCUGAGAUGCCGAGGGCACGUGUUCAAUUCGAUCGCUGUUGUCCAAAUCCAGUUCCAAAUUCCAAC